CACGAUUCCCCGCAGUGCCCUGAGCUGUCCACCACGGCUCCUGCUCCCAAGGCACCAGCGGCUCCCGCACCUCGCUCCAGCAUCGCCGCCUCACCCCCGUCCCCUCGCUGCGCUCCACCGCCCCAGGUCCUCGUCCAUCCUAGCUCCCGCCCUGCCAGCGUGCGGCCUCCGUGGGGACCCAGGCAGCAUCCCCUGACCACAAGGUUCUCCCAGAGAUUUCUGGGACGUAAGAAAUUCUGCUAAUUCAGAAGGCUGGGCCCGUCCUUUCGGGGGGAGGCAAGCCUCGACUGCAGCUUGCACACAGUAAGCCCUGUGAGGUCUCCGGGUCCCGCGUGACCGCUCUGAAGCGGGUGUGUUCACGGCCGAGGACAGCGAUGUCCCGCAGCUCACUGCCGCGCUAGGCCAGCGAUUCCGAAACGCGCUUGCCGGGGAGCCAAGCCUCAUCGCCCGCCCGCGCAGCCGUGCUCCUCGGAGGUGCUUUGGCCACACCCAUGACAGCGUAGGUAGAUGGUGUGAGAGAUGGAUCGCUUCACUGAGUGCGGGACUCAGACAGACGCCGUGGUGGUGCUGUCUCUGGCGCAGGCAGCAGUUCUGGGCUUGGUGUCUGAGAAUGAGCUUUUUGGGGCCACCAUCAGCCCUGGGGGCUUCUUCCCAGGGCUGGGAAGUGAACUUUCGGACACUGCAACAGUUGAGCCAGAGGAGCCAGAAAGCGACUACAGGCUGGAGCACGAGGGGCAGGCGCAAGGGGAAGCGCAGGAGGAGGAAGCAUUAGAGGCAGAGUCGUCGUUUGAAAAGCAUGCCCGGAGGAGAAAACGGCCUCCCGUGAGGCUGGUGCCCAAAGUCAAGCACGAGAAGGCUGAGGCGGAAGAAGAGGUAGUGUAUGAAGUCUCCAUCCCUGGAGAGGACAAAGAGGAGCUGCAGCACAGCCACCCCGCCGCUUUUGAAGACUCCAGCCACGAGCAGACGGUGCAGAGCAGCACCAUGAAGAUGAUCGACCUCAGCGCCUUCAGCAGGAAGCCCCGGCGCCUUCGGCACCUGCGCAGACACGCGCGCCAGGAGCUGGAGCUGGGGAGCUACGAGCACCGCUGCCGGGACCCCAUCCAGGCGGGCGGCGCGGAAGGCAGCCUGGGCGGCGCGACGGAGGGCACCGGCCCCGAGGCCCUGCGGACCGAGUGCGCCUUUGAGGCCAGCGACGCAGAAGCCCCCGUGCCAGAGUCGCCAGAGCAGGUGAAGAACGAGCAGGGCUUUGCGUGGCAGGAUCCUGGGGAGUUUGAGGCGGAUGCAGCUGGAGCCAACAGCGAGCGCAACAAGAAGGCGCAGCUGGACCGCCUGGACAUCAACGUGCAGAUCGACGACUCGUACCUGGUGGAGGCGGGAGACCGCCAGAAGCGCUGGCAGUGCCGCAUGUGCGAGAAGUCCUACACGUCGAAGUACAACCUGGUGACCCACAUCCUGGGCCACAACGGUAUCAAGCCCCACUCCUGCCCGCACUGCAACAAGCUCUUCAAGCAGCCCAGCCACCUGCAGACGCACUUGCUGACCCACCAGGGCACCCGGCCGCACAAGUGCGAGGUGUGCAACAAGGCGUUCACGCAGACCAGCCACCUGAAGAGGCACAUGCUGCUGCACACCGACAUCAAGCCAUACAGCUGCCAGUUCUGCGGGAGGGGCUUUGCCUACCCCAGCGAGCUGAAGGCGCACGAGGUGAAGCACGAGAACGGCCGCUGCCACGUGUGCGUGGAGUGCGGCCUGGACUUCUCCACGCUCACCCAGCUGAAGCGCCACCUCUCCACGCACCAGGGCCCCACGCUCUACCAGUGCCUGGAGUGCAGCAAGUCGUUCCACUACCGCAGCCAGCUGCAGAACCACAUGCUGAAGCACCAGAACGUCCGGCCCUUCGUCUGCACGGAGUGCGGCAUGGAGUUCAGCCAGAUCCACCACCUCAAGCAGCACUCGCUCACCCACAAGGGUGUGAAAGAAUUCAAGUGUGAGGUGUGUGGGCGGGAGUUCACCCUGCAGGCCAACAUGAAGCGGCACAUGCUCAUACACACCAGUGUCCGUCCGUACCAGUGUCACAUCUGCUUCAAGACAUUUGUGCAGAAGCAGACGCUCAAGACCCAUAUGAUUGUGCACUCACCGGUGAAGCCAUUCAAAUGCAAGGUUUGUGGGAAAUCCUUCAACCGCAUGUACAACCUGCUGGGCCACAUGCACCUGCAUGCUGGGAGCAAGCCCUUCAAGUGUCCCUACUGCUCCAGCAAGUUCAACCUGAAGGGCAACCUGAGCCGGCACAUGAAGGUCAAACAUGGGGUCAUGGACAUCAGCCUGGACAGCCAAGAUCCCAUGAUGGACCUGGCUGGGACAGAUCACACUGAGCUGGACAGCCAGCAGGAAAUGGAAGACUACGAGGAGGAGAACUCUUAUGACUACGGAGGGGUGGGGAACCCUCCGGAUGAGAACGCACUGACAGAGCAGGCUAUGAAGGAGAUGGCUUAUUACAACAUGUUGUAGCUGAGCGACAGGGCGGCAAGCCCAGAGCACACUGGAAGAAGGCUGCCGGUGACCUGCUUGGACUUUGUUUGGUAAGAGGAGCUCCUGUCGCGCUGCCGACAGGCCGUCACUCCCUGCAGCAUCUGGAACAGACCUGCACCCCUGCCCCGUGAGAGGGGGGAGGCUCAAGCUAAGUGGGUGAAGGAGGAAACAGGGAUGUCCUAAAACCUUUGCUGGGGCAAAGGAAGGAGCAGAGGCUGGAGGUGGCACAAGGCAGCGGUAGCUACCUGCUGUAAGCGCUCAGAGCUGGUGUACUGAGCCAUUAAGGGCUCAGUUCUAGGAUGUUUUGAGACUGCUGCAGAGAUUUGGUUGAGCUUUUACCAUCACUUGGGUCAUUCCCUCUCAGGGCCCCUUCUUCCCCACUCACCCCGAGAGGGAGUGUCAGAGCUGCGCACUCGCUGCUUGCAGCUCGUCUGCCCAGCGCUGAACUCCCUUCACUCUUCUGUACUCCUGCCUGCCCCUGGCUGAGCUUCUUUCCACGGCAAGCCACGACUUCACUCUGGUGGUCACCCUUGCUUGUACACUGGAGUUCUCCAGAAAGCGGACUUGAAGCUGCAGGCAGGGGAAGGCACAUCCCAGAAGAUGAUGAGCAUUACUAAUUAUUCUACCUCCUGGGUCCUCCCUAAUCAGCUGUGCUGGGGUUGCAGAUCAGCCUGUAAUCAUCAGGCCUUUACUCCCACCUUUUGAACACCCAGCAGGGCAGAAGCCCCUCUACCUGCAAGUCAAGCAGAAAGGAAGCUGUUUUGCUUUUCUAGCUCUUUAACUGUCUCCUCAGCAGGUGAGAACAGUUCUGAUUGUUUUGGCAUUAGCUGCCAGCUGAUGCAGGCAAAACUGUGGCAAGGGAAGAAAGGCCACAGGGCACAUACGAAACAGAAUAUUUUCUUACAAACUAAUUGCAAAGCUCAGUGGAAGCAGCAGCUCUGAACAGAGCAGCUUUAGUGAGCAAUGUAUUUAAAAGAUGGCAAACCCUGUUCAACUUGAGCAAAUGAUGGUAUUUUGAAAGUAAUUUAUUUUUUUCAGAUGUGCCGCGUGGUUGGAUUUAUCUUUUCACUGAGUUCAGUUUCCUUCAACCAAUGUUCCUUGUAAACCUGUGUAAUGUGUGUGAUCUGUGAAGCUGCAAGCAGAGCAGGCUGUGUUGGAACUCAGGGCUCCUGAGGGAGGGCUGAGGACCAAAGAGAGAAGUCCUGCUCGCUGCAGGAAAGCAGCCGUGUUGGUCUACUGAGUAAGGAGGCAGGGCCUGUGGCUAAUGAACCAAAGCUGCUGUAUAUGCUAUAGGCACUAUCUCUUCACCCCUUUGAGCUUCUUCAGCCUCAGCCAUCCCACCAAGGAACAGAGGUGUUCAGAGUUCAGGAAAAGUUUCGUUCUGGAAAUGCAGCCCUUGGGCUGCUGGCCUGCCUAACAGGCAAGAGAAGUGAUGGGAAGCAAAGGUGACACAUGCUGUGCCUGCAUUCCCAUCCCCUCUGCUGCAUAGAGAGCAGGGGCAGCACACAUGCUCCUGCCCAGCACAGAGCACUGCGCUCUCAACAUGUCCCAUGCCAUUUGUAACCCUGGCAGACACCAGAGAGGCUGCAGCAGGCCCAAGAGCAGGGGCAAACCAUGAUCCCAGAGACAGAGCAGAGGGGGAGCUUCCUGGGGAAGAGGAAGUAGCAGUAUUUGCACAGUCCAAGACAACCUUAGCUAACCCUCUGUCUACACACAGACGGCAGGGAGGCUCAUGUGAUGAAGACUUAGCAACACUUCUCAGGGCAGAGCAAGCAUGCUGCCUUUACUGCAGGUCUUGUGCAAGCACAGCCACGAGCCUGGCCUGGCAGCUCUCUGCUGGGGCAUGUCGCAUGCUGCCUGCCUUGCUCAAGGCCCAUCAGGACUUGGGGGUGAUGCCAAGUAGUGUUGUAGGUCCUGUUCUCUAGUUAAGGGGGUUUCUCUUCCUGCUUGUGGUGAAAGUGGAGCUAAGCACCUGCUUUGCCCCCCCCCUCAGUUAGUGGGAUAGCAUGCCCAAAGGGGGAUGCCAGUCCCCCAUCUCCAGAAAGGUCAUGCUGGUGGAGAACAGUGGCUCCGAGAGCAGGUGAGGCAGCUCAGCCCUUCCCCUGGCAGGGCUAACAGCCUGCUCCAGGCUCUGUGUCCUCUGCAAGGUGCAGUGCUCAAGUGCAAGGGCCCCCCAGCUUUGCUCUCGCCUUCCUCCUGCCAGGGGAGUAACUUCCUCCAGACUUGGGGCAGGAUGGAGAAGGCGCUGAGCUCCCCAAGCAGCAGAGAGCUCGGCCAGCCUACGCUCCCUCACAGAGCUUGGCAGUACAGCCCCCACCCCAAUCGACUUCUGUGCUGCAAGACAGCACAGCACGUCCCCCACAAACUACCUCUGUCCCUGGUUACCAAAAAGGAAGAAAAAGGAAAAAAAAACAAAACACUCACGCCACAGGCAGUGGAGCCAGGCCAGUGCCCGGGAGCAGACAGGUUAGGGAAGCCGAGCAGAAGGGGUCUUCACCGCUGCCGCGGCAGCAGCGUUCACUGCGUGGCCCCGGCCGGCGGGGCAGAGCUCCGGGAGGUGUGUGGCGAGUCAGCGCCAGGGUUUGCCCCAGCCGCUCGCGGAGACGAGGCGGGCGGUGCUGCCGGAGGAUGUGGUCAGUGCCUCUCCCGAGGAGGCCGCGGCAGCAGCCGUGCAGAGGAUGCCUGCAAGCUGUGCAGCGCCCGUGACUCCAUUACGUUACUGCGUUGUGUAUGCAGAGCGGUUCAGCUGUCUCUUGUGCAAAGCCCUACUGUGUUUUUUGAUCUCCUUGGUUUGAAGAGUUGUUUAGCAAUAAUUCUAAAUAAAUGAAUAUUCUUUA